UACCAUAGAAAAAACACUAUGGCUCCAUUAAUUUCACAUUUCUACAACAAAGAAUGAUCUUUGUUGUAGACAAAAAAUGUAAGAGUGUAUUGAGAAACAUGAUUCUAUUGGAAACAUUUUUUCAGAUGGAAACAAAAGUGGUUCUUGUGUGGUAUCACUUAAAUAAUUCUUGGCAAGCAUCUUUUUUGUUUUAGAGUGCAGUAUAUACUGGCUCAAUCUGUCAUUCUCCGUGUAACACCACACCCACCAGGUGGACUAGAAUGAGGAAGCAAUCACACCCACGUCUUGUCACACCUCCAGUUCAGGUCUGAGGUGUGUGUUUGUGCGUGUGUGUGUGUGUGUGUGGAGUCAUUUUUAGCCAUCUCACAGCGGCUGAAACAGUGUGAACUACAACCAGCCUUCACAACCUACAGAUUAUAAACCAUGUUCAGUUAAGAAGGAAUCCUCUGAAGCUCUGAAAGCAGCAGUUAGUGAAGCUGGAGGAGGACUGUGUGACGUGAACAGUUAACAACAGUACGUUUUAAGGUACAUCACUCCUUUCCGAAUACAUGCAAGUCGUCUUAAGUGUGAGCCAGAAAAACUUGUUAUGGGUUCUGCAGAAAGCAAAGACAAGAUGCACUGCACCCGGUACUUAAAUGGGGAUGGACCUCCGCCACUGGAUGAGCAAGUUAAGGAAAGCAUCAGUGGAACAAGAACUCUGAAAAAGAUACCUGGAGUGGUGGAAGGAAACCAGCCAGAUGGUGGAGAGAUGAAGAUAACAGCCCUGAGAAGCAGUGUUGAAGGGUACCAAGACAAUGACACCAUCCAGAUCAACUUUGUGUUUGAGAAUGGAAUACAGACGGAAAUGCACCCUAGGCCUGGACAGAUGUACCGUGGGCUGAGAACAGCGGCCUACCUGCCUCAGAACAGCAAGGGGAGGAAGGUUUAUAAGCUGCUGCAAGCGGCAUUUCAACACAAGCUGCUGUUCACUGUGGCAACCAAUAACAGUGGAGAACAGUUCGUCACCUUUUCAGAUAUUCCCCUAAAAACCAGCCAGAAAGGAGGACCUGAGAGCAACGGCUAUCCGGACCCAAAAUAUCUGGACACAGUUCUGAAGGUUCUGAAAUCUCGCGGCAUCAAAUGAGACAAGAAGCUGAACAAGUAAUUAAGAACAUCUUCAGCAUCAGUAUGGACUGUGUGAGAGAUUCAGCCACAGAAGAUCCAGAAUUUUGAGGUUUAUGGUUUAAAAUGUCAUUCUGGUUUUUCUUGUGCGUGUGAAGAAAAACCUGCCCCUGUACAGUAACUGUUUAAAAGAGAAUGUUUUGGACAAUAUUUGUUUUGAAGGCAAUGCAAGUUUGAUGCUUUUACUAACAGAUCACUGAUAUUAAACUGUACUGUAAAGAAUUCAGUCAUUGCUGAAAGUGACUGAAAUUUUUCCAGAAAAUUAUUGCAAUUACAAAUGCUUUGUUGUACACGAUUAUUUCCUUUGUGUGUAUUUUGGAACACUAAAAAACAAAUUGAUAUAAUUUCAUGCAAAACUCCAAAAAUGGCCCGGGCAAACUUAUUGGCACACUCAAAUUAAUAUUCGUUUGCACACCCUUUGAAAAAAAAAAAAAUAAAGUCAAUCACCUCUUAACUGGAAUUUUGGACCACUCUUGUUUCGCACUGCUCCAGGUCUCUCAUAUUUAAAGAGUGCCUUCUCACAACAGCAAUUUUAAGAUCACUUCACAAGAUUUAGAUCUGGACUAAUCAGGACUCUCCAGCACUUUGUUUGCAUCCGUUUCUGGUUGCCUUCUGAAGUAUGUCUGGGGUCAUUGUCCUGCUGGAAGGCCCAUGACCAAGGACACAAACCCAGCUUUCUAACACUGGGCCCUACAUCCCUACCCAAAAUACUUCUGUAACUUUCAGAUUUCAUGAUGGCUUGCACACAGUCAAGGCACCCAGUGUCAGAGAUAGCAAAACAACCCUAAACCAUCUUUAAACCUCCACCAUAUUUUAUUUUUUCUCUUCUGUCCACGUCAGUGUUGCGUACCAUGGACAAAGAAACAUCAAGAUUCCUGAAGAUGGACUUGUAACCUUGAAAUUGUUGAUAUUUGUCCACAAUUUUGCUCCUCAGGUUUUUAGACGGUCCUCUUCUCCUCUUUCUGUUCUCUAUGCUUAGUGUGCAACAAACAGACACACAAUGUAAAGAUUGGAUCAACUUUUUUUUCGUAUUGCUCACACCUGUUACUUCCCACAGGUACGUUUAAACGAGCAUUACAUGCUCGAAACAAAGUUAUUUAGCCACAAUUUUGAAAAGUGCCAAACAUUGUCCGGUGCAUUUUUAGAGAUUUGCAUGAAAUUAUAUACAUUUGUGUUUUUUUGUGUUGUUCCUAUACACACAAAGGAAAUAAACUUGCAUAUAACAUAACGUGUAAUUACAGUAAUUUUCUAGGAGAAAUUCAAUUUCAGGGAUGCCAACACUUUUGGACAUGACUGUAUGUUUAAUAGAAGGAUGGGAUGUUUUACUCUUUUUGCUUAGUAGCACUUUUAUAUCACGAGAUGUUGUACAUGUUUUGUUGUACAUAGAGUCAUAUAAAUUAUUGUUUGUGUUUGUAUGGAAUAUGAUAUAUUACAGAUCUGGGCCCAGUUUUCCAAAAGCAUUUUAGUAUAAUAAAUAUUGUCACAUAGGGGCACUGAGUAGUUCAGCGGUCUAAAACGCUGCCACUAUGAGCAGGAGGUCGCAGGUUCGAACCCCCGCUCGUGCAGCUUUCCCAUCAAGCUCCCGGCGCUCAGAGAGAGCACAAUUGACCCUGCUCCCUCUGGGUGGGUAGAUGGCACUCUCUCCCCACAUCACUUCUAUGGUGAUGUUCACAUCACAGGGCAUCUGUGAGCAGAUGUACCGGAACAUCUCCUCCAAGCGAGGAGAUGUUCAUCUCCUCCAAUCACCCUGGCUGCUCGGCAAUGCUGCAUCAGCAGCAGCUCGAAAAGAAGCGGUGGCUAACUUCACAUGUAUCAGAGGAGGCAUGUGUUAGUCUUCACCCUCCUGGUGUGUUGGGGGGUUACUAGUGAUAGGGGGAGUCCUAAUGAGUGGGUUGGGUAAUUGGCCUUUAAAUUGGGAGAAAAUGGGAAAAAUUUGAAGAAAAAAAAAAUAUAUAUAUUGUCACAUGGAGAGAGAGUGUUCAGUAGGUUGCUUGCUUGACCAUCUAAGAAUCGUCUUUGAGCAAAGAGCUAAGAUGCUUUUAGGAAACCUGCCCCUUAUGAUAUGUUUGAUUUGUUAGCCUUAAGAUUUCAUAGCAGGUAGCAGAGCCAGAACCGGUAGGUAGCAAGAAGAGAUUAAGCACAUCUAUUUUGUUGUUAAAUAAUUUGUAAUUCUUCUUUUUGAGCUGCUGCUGAAUGGGAUCAUACUGCCAAAGCAUUCUUCAUGCACUUUUGUUGUGGUCUUACAUGUUAAAUGUUGGUUGCAUGUA